AUGUGUCGGUUGAAAAUCUACGUCUUUGUCAUCCUCGUGCUGUCCCUCUCACACUUGAUAAACUCAUCAUGCUUCAAGGGGUCACCCAGACAGUGCCAAGAGGCAGAAUUUGCUCCAGGUACUAAUCUGGCAGGAGAAGGCUUCGACAUCACCACCUUGGAACGUAAGGGGGCCUAUGUGAUCGACAUGAAUCAGUGGAAACUCAAGGACAAGACAUGCACCCUGUGUACAAACACCUUUCUAGAGAACAAACUGCAAAAGCUGCCCUUGUCAGUGGUGGACUGGAGAGCAAUGCAGUCCUGCAUUAAUAAAGUGACCAGUAAACUCCACAAAUCCAGUGAGUCCCUGCUCAGUUCCAGCACCUCUUCUGUUGAAAACAACUGGCAGGUUGGUUUGGAUUUUGACUUAAUAAAAAUAGGUGGCUCACUGAUGCUUGCUGGUACCCACUCUAAGCUGGCUGGUUACUCCAUGGAGAAGACCAAGAAUGACAAAUUCAGCUUCACAAGCCAGGGCAUGUCCUGUGAGUACUAUAGGUGAGGUUACCAAAUCAAGAUGAUUAAUUGACUGAAUGACUGAACAACAGCACUGUCUCAUACCUGUUGUUUCAUACUGGUCUGUGCUCUUCAAUGUCUCAUUAACAGCUACGGCGUUUCCGGCACACCCAAACUGCACACAGAAUUUAACAAUGCACUGAAGGAUCUCCCUAAAAUCUACAGUCCUAAACACAAGCAACAAUAUUAUAAACUGAUCGACAACUUUGGCACCCAUUACAUCACCAAGGUGAACCAAGUGAUAGGAAAACUCUAGUUUAAAACAACUCAGUGGUUACCAGAGGGAAAAAGUACCCAUGUUAAAAACAUUAACAUUGCAGGUGAAACUGGGAGGAAGUGUUCAAUCUGUGACCAGCAUCAAGCAGUGCCAGGCCAACCUUCAGGGCCUCAGUGUGGAGGAGGUGGAGAUGUGCCUAGAAGUUGAGGCGUCAGCAACCUAUCAUGCUACACUAUCAACCAAAAAUAAGCACUGCAAACAAGACAUUGAGAAGAUGGACAGUAAGUCAGCCUUCUCCAACAUCUUCAACGACAGGUAUGGUUAGAGCAUUAGAGUUACAGCAUUACAUUCCGUGCUACAUUUAGUUUUUAUCCAGCAACUUAUCUCCACAGGUUCACAGAAAUCAAGGGGGGCCAUACCACAGAGCCAGACCUACUCUUCUCUGCAGACAAGGAUCCAUCUGCCUACAAAGAGUGGCUCAACACAAUCCCACAGAAUCCAGACGUAAUCUCAUACUCCCUCGAUUCACUUCAUGAGUUAUUGCCAAAGAACAACCCUGUUAGGAAGAACCUGCGCUCUGCUAUCAGCCACUAUGUCCUUGAGAAAGGCUUGUGGAAGAACUGCAGUGAGCAUUGUCAGGCUGGCAUCAAGAGUGACUCCAGGGAUUCCUGUGUCUGCCAAUGCCACAACGACCCUGCUGUAAACCAGGACUGCUGCCCGACUCGUAAGGGUAUGGCACGGGUCAUCAUAACAGUACAACGAGCAACAAGUCUUUGGGGAGACACCACCACAGCCACAGAUGGUUAUGUCAAGGUGUUUUUCAACAAGGUGAUGGUCCAACGUUCUCCUGUCAUUCAGAACAACAACAAUCCUCACUGGGGCAUGGUUGUGGACCUUGGUACUCAAGAUUUGUCAUCAGGCCGUCAAGUUAGAUUUGAAGUGUGGGACCAGGACAACUACUGGGAUGAUGAUCUGUUGGGACACUGUCAGCAAGUUCUGUCUGCUGGAGUCAAGACUGACCUCUGUAACCUGCGGCAUGGUCGGCUCUUCUUUAAAUGGGAAGUGAAAUGUGCUCCAAGUCUGGGUGGAGAUUCCUGCAUGGACUACAAACCCUCACCUAUGAGUGAAAACCUAAGGAAGCUGUAUGUGUCCCGUCAUGCCCACCCUAUUCCAAAGGCCAUCCUGUUGGAGAUGGGUGUGUUUGUGAAUGAAACAAACUCAGACUAA